CAGGUUCGCAUCGAAAAUGUCCAAGCAGUAGAUUUGUGUGUCAGUAUGUUUGCACCGCAACCCUUCAGUUUAAAAAUAAACACUAAAUAGUAUGAAUGCCGACAUGCUGUAGCGAAUUUGUAGCGUAAAGCGUUAUUUUUUGCACAUUUAUGGGUAAAGUGAAAUUAUUUUCCGGCGCAGCCUUGAAACAAAACGUUCGAGCUCCAAGCGGCAGCGGCGGCAUGCGCGUAUGCAAAUCAAAGUAAAUGUUCAAAUAUAGUAAGACUUUAACAAAAUUAGCAACAAAAUACAUAUACGUGUACAUAAAAUGAACACCCACUGAGCAAUUUUGAAGCGCAAAAUUUGAAAAUUGAGUGCAUAUUGAGUGCGAGUAUACAAGUUUGUAUGACGUGAAAAAUUGUACAGCACACAAAUAUAUGAAAAUUAAAAUUUUUCACAGCAACAGCCGCCUACUCAAUAGCAAAUGAAAAAGACAGAAUCAAAAAUCAAUUUGAUGCCUACAAAUAUUCGCAUGAAAGUGAAAAUUUACAUUUUACACAUAUUUUUUGAAGAAAAAAAUAUAAAAAAAAUAAUAUAUAUAUUUUGUAAUACAAAUACACACAAAUAUAUAAGUGAGAAUUUUUAUAAAGAAACUACAGAAAUAAAUUAAAGCGAAAGCAGCUGUGUGUGAUAAUUUACAGCAAGGCAUAUGCACCGUUUGCUUGAAUUCAUAUGGAAAAGGUUACUCAUACGACGUGUAGGGCCGCGAAAUAUUAACGCUAGUAGGCGUAUGUAAAUUUUCCUUAUAAGAAGUCAUUUUGCAACGUACUAACGUGGAAACUGCAACCUCCUGCAUAACUAACCAAAAAAAAAUUUAUAUGUAUAAAUAUAGAUAAAUUUCGUACACAAGAACACGAAAUACACAGAAUUUUUUACGAAAAUUUAAAGAACCGUAUAAAUAACUGAACCAAGAAAACCAAUCAAAAAACACACACAAUGAACGUGCAACUAGCGCAACAAUCAGCAGCACAUACCAGCAGAAAGCAUUGCAACAGCAGUAGUACUAGCAUUAGUCGUAACACUAACAACAACAUGAACACCACCGUCAAUACACAAUCACAACAGCAACAACAACAACAGCCAGCCAACAAUCGCACAAUGUCCACAGCGGCGACGUCAACGCCGACGCUGUCGCAUCGAACGCAAAGUCCCGCUAUAGUGCCGCCGCCCACCGCCUCGACGACUACGGCCGCCUGCACAGCGACGACAACGCCAAUGCGCAGCGCGCGCACUCCCUCACCCGACGGCACACAGGACUACGAUGUGACGCGCAUGCGCGAGGAUGAUUUCGAACGGCUGGCCGUUUACAUAGUACCCGAUGUGCAAUGUGAGCGUGGCAUAGCGAAUCGGGCCGAUCGCACGCUGCCACGCAGCCUAACACUGAAACCCUCGAUGGUUUUCUCAACGCCAAAUGUUAAGACUGAAGGAGUUUGGAGCACUGGUGUGAUACCGCGCGGCACACGUUUUGGCCCCUUUGAAGGCGUUCCAACUCCGAACUAUCCCAACGAUACGAAUAAGGCGCGCUAUUUUUGGCGGAUCUUCAAAGAUGACUACUUCUACUAUCUGGAUGGCUCGGAUCGUGCGCAGGCGAAUUGGAUGCGUUAUGUCGCCUCCGCGUACAGCUUGUCGGUGAUGAAUUUGGUGGCAUGUCAACAUCAAGAGAACAUCUAUUUCUACACCACACGUGACAUUAUGCCCAACGAAGAGUUGAUGGUGUGGUAUUGCAAGGAUUUCGCACGACGGCUGGGUUAUGAUGUCGAUCCGGAGCGUACGAUAUUCGGCGCUUGCAAGCAGGCUGUGGACGAUGAUGAGGACGCGGAGGCAGAUGGCGAAGAUGAAGAUGUACCGAGUAAUGCCACAGCGUCCAGCACAUUACUGCUGAGCCAUAAAGCGAAAUUGCGUUCAAAUUCGCCAUACUGCAUGCCAGCGCCCGAGAUACCACCCGAAGUUGCAUACAACCAUAUCACAUACGUUAUGGGACUGCCAAUACCACCAUUACCGGCGGUGGUGGCAGGCAAUGCGACCGUUAGUCGGCGCUCCAUCACGCCUAGUCCAUCGCCACCCAGUUGCCGUGACGCGAACGCCAGUCAUGUACCACAGCAUUUGGUCGGACUGCCACACAUACAACACGCGCAGUCAACGCAGCGGCCGAGCACCCAUCAACUUUCGACGCAACAACUACCUACAACACACCUGCAGCACCAUCAACAACACAUACAACAACAUCAGACGGUGCUGCAUCUGAAGCAGGAGCCUGGCGCGUCGGUAAUUGUGCGCGAACGCUCGCCGGCGGCAAGUGAAUGUGGCGCGAAAGAUGCAAAAGAGGUGGCGGGCUCACCGUUACCACAUAAAGACACGCACUAUGAACAUCAGCUAACGCCGAAUGAUGGUAGCGUGCGCUCGGUGCGUUCCGAUGAGGGCUACCACAGCAACGAGUAUCAUGAGGAUGGGCUGACCCCACCCGAAGACUCGAGCGAUAGCGAGAGUGAGCACAACUAUGUAUUGGACUGUUCGAAGAAAGCGAUUGCCCCAAAAGAGACUGUCAUUACGCAUCCGCAAAAGGCGGCCGUUGCUGCGGCUGUGGCCGCGGCAGCAGCUGCUGCAAACAGUAGCAGCAACAACAAUGCGGCUGUUAACAACUGUGGUCCAGCCACGUCAGCGACGCCCGCAGUGGUGUCUUCCGCUGCCGCCGCUAUUGAUUGUGGUGGUGGUGAUAAGAAUGAGUAUCGCAAGUUUAAGGUGAAAAUGCCGCUAAAGUAUGAAUUCAAGAAUAGCAAAUGCGCCAUUAAGACUGAGGCCAUGUGCCACAUAAACAACACAAACAAUAGCAAACAGAACACAAGUGACGAACUGCCCACAGUUGGUGCCACAUCCAGCGAAGAUGAUUUGCUGGCCGCCAACGAAGCCACACCUGCUUGUACGUCCUCAACACAGCUGGACGAUGAAGCGAUGGAUGUGGACCAUAUGCCUGGUUCAACGACACAACAACAACACGCUUCGAGCACCGUCAUCAUGGUGGACCGUAGCCUAAACAACACCAACGGCCAUGCGACGCGUACCAUUGUGCCAAUGAACAAGGCAUACUACGAAGCUGAGACCACCACACCGCCGCCACCACCCACAGCCGCACAAACUUCGUCGGCGGCUGGAGUUGCCUACAUGCGCUUCACGCCUCCUUCCUCCAGCAUACUCGAAACCAUAUUGACUGGUCAGCAUCGACUAGAGGCCGCAGCUGCUGCAGCGGCUGCUUGCCGUCAAGCCAAUGCGGCCACACCGCCACCUUCAUCACCCACAGAGAUGGCUUAUUCCUAUAAGAAAUCGCAUAGGUAUGGCAAUGCUGUCAGUCCCGAUUCCAGCUCCAACUUAGCACAGGCGCCCGAUAUGCAUGCAGCAGCGCUGCAUGACACCGAAAUGCUAAUUGCAUCGUCACGUGGCAGUCUGAAGGACGAUUGUUCGCCACCACCGGCAUCGGGCCAUGAUCUGAAAUUCUCGCCGGCGCAUGUUGCACACAGCGCCUUCGUCUCGGAUGGCCAUCAAACGCCGCCGUACUCUGCGUAUUCACCAUAUUCCAGCGGUAGUGUGAAUGGUGGCGCACCAGGUGGCGGUCAUCCACUGUCACAUAUGCCCACAUCCACCUUCCACUCGCCGCCACACAGCUCACACUCGCCCUUCGAUCGCCAAUGGGAUGCGUCCAGCGGCUCCACACCCAAUCUGCACCUACUGCAGUCCAGCUCACAGAUGCUAAUGAAACCGUUGCGCAUUUCACCGCCCAGCAGCCUGAGCCCCGAUGGCAAUUCGUGUCCACGCAGCGGCAGUCCACUCAGCCCGAACUCGUUGGCGGCGCGCGGCUACCGUUCACUGCCAUAUCCAUUGAAGAAGAAAGAUGGCAAAAUGCACUAUGAAUGUAAUGUCUGUUGUAAGACUUUCGGCCAGUUGAGCAAUCUCAAAGUGCAUCUGCGCACGCAUUCCGGUGAGCGACCGUUCAAGUGCAAUGUCUGCACGAAGAGCUUCACACAGCUGGCGCAUUUACAGAAGCAUCAUUUGGUGCACACCGGUGAAAAGCCACAUCAGUGCGACAUUUGCAAAAAGCGUUUCUCCUCGACGUCGAAUUUGAAGACCCACCUGCGUUUGCAUAGCGGUCAAAAGCCAUAUGCUUGCGAUCUGUGCCCACAGAAGUUCACACAGUUCGUACAUCUGAAGCUCCACAAGCGCUUGCACACCAACGAUCGACCCUAUGUCUGUCAGGGAUGUGAUAAGAAGUACAUAAGCGCUUCCGGACUGCGCACACACUGGAAGACGACAAGCUGUAAGCCCAACGAUCUGGAGGAGGAGCUGGCCAUGGCCGCGGCAGCAACUUCAGAGUGUUUAGACAAAUAUGUGCCUGAGCCCGACUCGCGCGAAGCCUUCGAGCAUAUGCAACAACAAAUGCAUCCACACCUGCGCCAUCUGCCACCCGGCAGCGGCGGUGCUGGCAGCCACGCCAACGCUGCCGUUCGUCCAACAUCACCACGUCUAAUUUCCAUCAAUCCGCUACAUCAACAACAAACACAACAACAACAGACGCACGCGCAUUUGCAGCAGCAGCAUGCCGCCAUGUUGCAACAGCACGCGGCAGCGGCGGCGGCCCAACAUUUGUCCGGCGCAACGACGAAUCCAAACGCCGCUACAAUGUUGCUUGGCUCAAACGCGCAACAACAACAACACCACCACAGUCUACAACAGCAACAGCAACAACAUUUGCAGCAACAGCAACAACAGCUGCUACAGCAGCAACAGCAACAGCCACAUCCACUAAAAGCUAGCAUCAAACAACAAAUGCAUUUACUACCACCAGGCACCGCAAACGGCAGUGGCGCGAACGCGAUCAACUCCCCACCCGGAGUUGCUCCCAACGAUACCUACAUGAGCGUCUCUCACGCGCAUGCUGCAGCAGCAGCAGCCCAUGCCGCGGCAGCAGCUGCAGCGGCAGCCGCUCAUGCGGCGGCAGCACAUCAGCAUGCGCAGAAUCAAGAGUCACGCCCAUCGGUGAUCGAAUCCAGUCAACCGAUGAUCAUCGAGUGCACGUAGAGCGCGGUUGGCGUACGCUGAAGUGCUAUCGAAGAUAAAAACAAUAACUAAAAUCAAACUGAAAAGUUGCGAUUGAGGUGCGGCGAACGCGUCGAAGUUCGCAAAGCAAUUGAGUUGAGUGCUCAAUUGCAUUGAGUGGAAAUGGUAUUGUCACCCGUUGAUUUCACUCAAAAGCGCUGUCGUAGCUGCGGCAGCACAGAGCUGGAAUGUCUUACAAAACCAGGAAAAACAAAAACAAAAACGAUAACAACAAUUAUAAAAGUGCAAUAUGAAGAGGUGAAAGCUCAUUUCGUGCCGCCUUUGAUAAAUGGCGCGCUUUCAUUUUCAGUUGGUCGGAAAUGAGUGCUUUUACACAAAUACAACUGAGCUAAGAUGAAAAACUAAAACAUUAAUGGUAUUAUUAAUUUAAUAGUCGACAACGUCAUUUUAUAAUUAGUGAAUUUAUUGAUUGGUCUAUGUAGCUAUAAAUAAUUACAAGCAAUUAGUUAAAAUAUACAUUUAAUAAUAUAAAAAAAAAAAAUUUAACUCCAAAAUUCACUCGCCUUACUCAACUGUUUCGAGUGCGUAUGAGUGGUAGUUGAAAUAAAAAAAUUUUAAUUUCUUGAAAAGAUCUCAAAAUUGGCAGCCAAUUAUUUUGCACAAACUAUUUUUUGUUAAAAAAAAGACGAAACAAAAUUCAAAAAUUAUUCAGAAAUUUUUCAUGUGACCGCGAGUUUUAUACGUGGCAAAUUAUGCAUCUUCAUAGUUUAAAAAUAUUAAAAUAACAGUAAAAGAACAAACAAAUCUUUAAAAUAAUAUUUCUUAAUUUGAACGUUUGGCUAAGCUCUAUUGCAAAUUGCAUUUAAAAUUAGCAUAGUACUAACAUAAUAUUAACUGAACAGAUUCAAAAAAGUAUGCUAGCGAAACUGGAAAACUGUUGGAGAAAACAAGUUGCCUUAUAUUGAUUUAGAACUGCGUGUUUUGCGAUAUCAUGCUGCACUUUGACAAACUUUAUGCUAGUAAAUGAAUUAGUGAAAAAAUUAGAACAGAAUUGAAUUAAUUUGAAAAAUUAGUGAAAGCUUCAAAAUUUUAAUACAAGCAUGAAAGCUUUACUGAUUUCUGAGCGAAAACGCUUUGCAGUCAUCUGUCAAAAUUUAGACUUUUCUGAUAACUUUUUCGAAGCUUAAGCUUAAAAAGGUUACACGAAAGCUCUAUAGGCUUUUGCGAAAGUUCACGAUGAGAUGUUACAAAAAUUUUUAGAUCUUGCUCAAAGCUUUUCGUAGUUGUAGUAAAAGCUAAAAAAAAUACAUUAAAGCUUUAAAAGUUUUGUUAAAGCUGCAUUGACGUUUUUACAAUCUUACAAUCUUUUGCAUCUUACAAUCAGUUAUUAGAUGCGAAAAUAUUUUCUUAUGUAAUGAAAGUUUUUUUAAAAUUUUGUGAGCUGUUUUGCAAUCUGAUGAAUGAUUUUCUUAAUUUAUUAAUAUUUUUUUAAAACGUGGUGAAAGCUUUUCUACUCUUUUUGAAAGCUUUCGCAAUAAGAUUGAAUUUUUUACAAAUAUCGGUUGAAAGUUGUCUCAAUUUUACAUAUAAAGAAAAAUUUAACAAUUGAAAGCUUUUGCAUAUUGAUAAAAGAUUUUUGCGCUUUAGCGAAAGUUUUUUAAAAUUUUGUGAAAUAUGUUGCAAUUUGCUGAAUGAUGAAUUUGACGAGAUUUCGCCCAAUGCUUGGAAAUAUUUUUUGAAUUUAGUGGAAGCUUUUUAGUUUUCGUUACAGCUUUUACGAAUAUUAGUUGAACGUUGUCAUAAUUUUGCAUUAGCUAAAAAUUACUAAAAUAUAAGAAAUGAAAGCUUCAGAAAAUCGAUGAAAGCUUUUUGCAGUUUAGUGAAAGUUUUUUUUAAUAUUGUAGAACAUUUUGCAAUCUCUUAUUAAAAUUUUGCGAUAGAAAAACUUAACAAAAGGAAACCUUCCGAAAAUCGAUGAAAGCUCUUUGCCAUUUAAUGAAAGUUGCACGCAAAAGUUCAUUGCACAUAACUUUCGAGGCCUAUCUUUCAACUUCAAUCCUACACAAGCAUAAAGUUAGUCAGCUGCUAAAGUAUAUUGCUUAAAUAAUAAAGAAACGUUUAGAAAACAGCGUGACUACCUAAUUCAACACAAAAUUUUAAUUUAUAACUUCCUGUAGUAAAAUUUUUUCGAGGUUUGUCAUUUCUAAAGCUCGUAAGCAGUAGAAAAGUUUAGUUAAUUAGUAAGCGCAUUGCAUAAACUUAGACUUUACUUUAAUAUAAAUAAAUGAGCAUAAGUAAAUAUGUAAAAUAUGAUAUAUAAGUAUAGCAAAAUACCGCACAUACAUAUGUACAUAGAACACUAUAAUACCAAGUAAAAGUAAGCAGUAAGUUUAUAAGCAACUUUAUAUGAAAUAUUUAGGCAUAAGAAAAUAGUUGUAGUGAACACAGAUACACAAACACACAUUUACACAAAACCAUACAUAUAAACAUGUAUAUAUAAAAACCAUAUGCCACGUGGGACGCGUGCAGACGUGAUCACGUUAGCAAAACUUAGCUGAAGAUCGGUGCUUUUUGAACUGUUUCUAUUUGUAAAAUUUUAUUAUAUAUUAUUAUUAUGAACAAAAACAAAAAGAAACUGAAAAAGAAGAAGAAGAAGAAGAAAAAACUAAACAAAGUAAAAUAUGAAAUAUAUGAAAAUCAUGAAAAUCUUGAAUUGAAUAUUUUUUCAAAAACAAAACUGAGCCCAAGUGUUUAUAGCUGUAAUGAGAAUGUAAGCGAGAUAUUUAAUAUUAUUACUGUUAAAAUUUACAUACAUACAUACAUAUAUGUAAUGCUAUCAAUUAAUUAAUAUUGAAAUAUGUACUGAUACAUUUAAUUAUUAUAUAGUGAAUCGUUUUAAAUUUAAGCUUCAAGUAUGCGUAUAUAGUGGAACACUGAAAGAAAUGUUUGGCUUAUGAGCAUAUACGUAAAUACACAUAUAUACAUACAUGCAUAAAAAACCUUACUUAUACCAAAACUUUUGAAAACAUACUACAAAUACAAGAGAAAGUAUCAUAAAUACUAUUUUCCAAAUUCUAAAAAAAAAAAUUGUUUGUUUUUGUUUUUUUGCUGGUGCGAUUGAUAACUUUUUAUUGAAUUGAAGACGAAAUGAUAUUGCAGAUCUAAGCACCUGGACAAAUUUUGCUAAUAACAUUGUUGCAUCUAGAUCUACUUGAGGGAAGAGCCAUUUAAAAAUCGAUAACACAACUAACGAUUGUAAAAAAAAUUACGAAUUCUCUGCUAUAAACAAAAUUUUUAAAUUUUGCGAAUUGUUUUAAAAUUCAGUUACUUACAAUUCCGUAAUUGAUAUCGAUAGCAUAAAAAUCGUUCCUUAAAAGUUUAAAAUUAUUUU